GUGCAGCAGCAGGAGGAGGAAGAGCCGGAGGCCAAAGAGAGCGCUAAAGAGGAGCCUGUCUGCGGCUCUGCCGAGGAGCCUGUGGGAUGGCUUCCUGAAGGUCAUCCGUGCGACGCAUGCCAGAAGCAGGUCUCUGCUUUUGGCGGAGUCUUCUGCGGCCGCCGCAAAGUCGGCGGUAUACCCUUGGCAGGCUGCGGAGCUGCAGUCUGCUGGAGGUGUAUGAAUCGGUCCUCCAAAGAUGCGUCCUUCGGCAAG